AUGAAAGCGAUACACGUUACCGAAUACGUCCAGGCCAACUCGGAGCUGCGCGUCACAGAGAUCCCGGCCCCGGUACCAGGCGCAGAUAAAGUCCUCGUCAACAUCACCCACAGUGCGCUGAACCACGUCGACCUCUUAUACGCCCGAGGCAAGCACCAGAACAACCACAUCGGCCUGGUCAAGCCGCCAUUUGUCCUAGGGAUAGAGUUUGCUGGCACAGUUGCCUCGGCACCACCAGGCGGUCAAUUCAGGCGCGGCGACCAUGUUUGGGGAGCCGGCGUGGGUGGGUUCGCCGAGCAAAUCGCCGUCCCUGCUUCCGCUCUGUUCAGGCUACCUACCGGGUGGACGUUACAUGAUGCGGCGGGGCUCGGCGCCGGUACUGCUCCCGUGAGUUACGGUGCUGUGAUCAGAACGGCGGGAGUCAAGGCGGGCCAGAUCGUGCUUGUACACGCUGCGGCUGGAGGGUUGGGAGUUGUCGCUGUGCAGAUCGCCCACGCGGUCGGAGCGCAGGUGAUUGGGACAGUGGGCAGUGAGGAAAAGGCUGAUGUUGUCCGGAAGCUGGGUGUGCUGGGAGUGGUAAGGUAUGACAGAGAAGGGUGGGAGAAGGAAGUACUGAGGCUCACAAAUGGUGUUGGCGUCGACUCUGCGUACGAUACCGUCGGUCUGGUCGAGAAGAGCAUCCGAUGCUUGAAGUUUGGGGGCAAUAUCGUCAUCGCUGGCUUUGCUGGCCUCGGUGGGAAGAUGGAAACGCUUGCUAUGAACAGAGUGCUGCUUAAAGGCGCCAGGUUGUUAGGCUACCGAUUCGGGGAAACCGGAAGACGCGACCCCGCCGAGAAUGAGGAAGUCUGGAAGGGCCUUAAUGCAAUGCUCGAAAGCGGAAAGAUCAAGCCCGUCGUCUAUGCCACGUAUCGUGGUCUAGAAAGCGUGCCACAGGCCCUCGACGAUCUUGCUUCACGGAAGGUCUGGGGCAAAGCUGUGAUUGAGAUUCAAGCUUCCCGAGCACAGCUACAAGCCAUGUUAUAA